AUGGCUCAACCGGGCAAGAUGGGCUCUACUUCGACAAUAUCGCUGAACCCUGCUAUUAUGGGCAAACUGAAGCCCGCUAAAAUAUAUAAGACCGCGGUUGAGCCGGCACCAGCACCAAUACCUGGUUCGCGGCAGCUAUCCGGGCCGCGCCAUAUAACAGGAUUGUCAUUCGACGACAGAGGAGAUCAGGUCAUUACGGCUGGAGAGGAUGAUACGUUCCGACUAUACAGUUGCAAGAACGGCAAACUUUUGAAGACACUUUACUCGCGAAAAUACGGAGUCGACCUACCGCGCUUCACACACAAGAGCACAGCACUCAUUCACGCCUCAACCAAAGGCGACGAGGACGCCGUACGCUACCACUCCCUCCACGACAACAAAUAUCUCCAAUAUUUCAGAGGUCAUACAGACCGCGUUAUAUCGCUCGAGAUGUCGCCAGUGGACGACAGUUUCAUUUCUUCGUCCAUGGACCGAACAGUACGACUAUGGGACCUUCGGUCGCCUUCAUGCCGUGGUCUACUCACACUUCCGGCACCCGCCGUUGUGGCGUACGACGCAACAGGCGCAGUCUUCGCCGUUGCAGUCAAUCAAUAUUCGCGCAUCCUGAUGUAUGACGUGAAGAACUACGACAAAGAGCCGUUCUUGACGGUCACUCUGGACGAUCCCACACUUCGCCUGAUCUCCUUCCCUCCACGAAUACCAUUCAUGACUUCACUGUCGUUCUCAUCAGAUGGGAAGCUGCUUCUGGUCGGCUGUUCUGGAGGCGCUCACUACGUUCUGGAUGCCUUCGAGGGUCACCUUCUCGCCAAACUCGAACUUCCUGACAAUAACCUUGGGUUGGAACGGCGGAGACCGGAGGAGCGUAUUGGGAUUCAACCUCAACGCGGUUGCUCAGGCGAGGAAGUUUCUUGGACACCAGACAGCCGCUUCAUCGUCGGUGGCGGACUCGAUGGGCGCGUAUCAAUAUGGGACGCAGGACAGAUUCAACCUCGCGAUAAUCCAGAUCCGAAUACGCCACCCUUACGCCUGCAACCUCUUACAAGACUAGAUGGGCAUCCCGGGCCCGCACGAUGCGUGCGCUUCAAUCCUCGGCUGGCCAUGAUGGCUUCUGCAGGCCACGAAUUGGCGUUCUGGCUACCUGACCAGACUGCGGACGCGGAGGAACUUGCGAAGGAGUUGUUGAAGAAGUAA